UUACAGCAUCAGUCCAGGUUAAAGGUUGUUGAGUUUCGCUUUCCAGUCGUCAGAAAUUAAGCUUUCGUCAGUUUAAUGUCACAGGUGGAAGGAAACGCAGGCAGAGCUCGGACACGAUGGAGACAGAAAUACUGAGAAUGAUCUGCGCUGGCCAAGGAGCAGUCAACACGGAGGAUUUAGUGUAUAAUCUGUUUUCCGGAGAUCCCACGAAGUUGUCGGAGAUAAUUUGUAACAGAGAGAAAUUUCUUUCGUGUUGUCCAAACGGACAGCCGAAGGUGGUGGCCAGGACCCGCCUGAGACUUUGCAGAGUGAAAGACUGUCUGGGGAUAUGCAGGAGUCUGCACCUGUGCAAAAACAUCCUCUUCAGCGGAUUCUGUCAGUUCACUCAGCUCAGGAGGGGCUGCAGCUUCUCCCAUGAGCUGACCUCUGAGCAUAACCAAAGACUUCUGAGGCAGCAUGAGCUGGAGAGCCUGAGCCGAGAGGAGCUGUGCACCCUGCUGCUGCAGAGUGACCACACAGUUCUUCCUGAUAUAUGCCACGACUACAACAACGGUGUUGGACUGUUUGGCAGGUGUCAGGAUGGUGAUGGUUGCAAGAGGCUCCACAUCUGUGAGACCUACAUCAGCCGUGAAUGCAGCUGCUGGAAGAACCACGAUUUUAAUGCUCCACAGCCAUUCAGAGCUUUGCAAGCUAGAGGCGUACCUGACACACUCUUUCAGUCCUUGAAGGCUGCUUAUGCAAAUAAACAGGCUUUGAGGCUGGCUCGAGUCAGUGACCAUGGUCAACGAAGUCAGAGAGGCAGAGGGAGAGGUGGCCAUCAGCUCAGCAGAGGUUGGAGAGAUACUUGGGGCAACAGUGGCUUUAGGGGAAACAGAGGAAGCCACAGCAGCCGCUGGGUGCAGGAUCAGGCCUGUUCACUUAGUGACAUUGCUGCAAACAUCGACGCCUUUGACCUGUACUCCAGCGAUGGACUGAAUGAAAGCGACGAUGAAAACUCUCCCACUAGUGACAUCUCUAGCACCAGCCCAGCCGUGCACUUUGACACGAUGACCUGCGGACUGAAGAAGGUACGUCGACUCUCGACAGAAAACUCGGUGACUGAGCCGACCUUCAUCCACACCACCGAGUGGCUUUGGUACUGGCAGGACGAGUUUGGGAAGUGGAACAUGUUUGCAUCCGCUAUUGGUGGACAUGAAGCAGCAGACAUCAACAGCACAAAGCUGGAGAAGUUGUUCCUGGCUAAUAAUAAAGACGUUGUGGAGUUUUCUGCUGGUUCACACUCGUAUUCGCUCAGUUUCGAGGACAUGAUGCAGACAAACAACCUUAAUGGCACGAAGACGCUUGUGUGCAGACGGCCACGGUUUGUCUCCGCUGUAGACGUGCGAACAAAGAAAGUCAGAAGGCCUGUGGUUCAAAAUGCUGGCCCAGUACCGGACAACUGGGACAAGACACAGAUCCCUGAAACAGGAUAUUCGCAAAUCUCGCUCCAGAGCAGCUCAAGAGAAUUUAAGGAGGUUGAAGCUCUUUUCUGUAAAACCAUGAGAGGCUUUGAUAUCGUCAACAUUGACAGAAUUCAGAACCAAAGUCUUUGGGAGGCCUUUCAGUUGCAGAAGAAUCAGAUGAGGACCAAAAACCAAGGGAGAGAUGUGCCUGAACUGAGGCUUUUUCAUGGCAUCGACUCCAAAUCUGUAAACACCAUCUGCCAUAACAACUUCGACUGCAGAACUCAUGGGAUGGCUUAUGGCAAAGGUAGUUACUUUGCCCGCGAUGCCAAAUGCUUUGAUAUCGUCAACAUUGAGAGAAUUCAGAACCAAAGUCUUUGGGAGGCCUUUCAGUUGCAGAAGAAUCAGAUGAGGACCAAAAACCAAGGGAGAGAUGUGCCUGAACUGAGGCUUUUUCAUGGCAUCGACUCCAAAUCUGUAAACACCAUCUGCCAUAACAACUUCGACUGCAGAACUCAUGGGAUGGCUUAUGGCAAAGGUAGUUACUUUGCCCGCGAUGCCAAAUACUCCCACGACUUCACCGGUGACGCUGAUGUCCGAGCCAUGUUCAUCUCACAGGUGCUGGUGGGAGACUACACCAAAGGGUCCUUCGAUUAUUGCCAACCUCCUUCAAAAGACGGAGGGGACAUAAACUUCUAUGACAGCUGUGUAGACGAUGUAAUGGACCCCGCCAUAUUUGUGGUGUUUGAGAAGCACCAGAUCUACCCCGAGUACCUGAUCCAGUACAAUUAGACAGACGUGUACUGGUGAAAGAAACCAGCUACCCGAUUAGCUUACCAACCCAGCACAGUUUCUUUCAUGUGCUGAUGGUGGGACAAAUGUAAGCACUUUGAGUACUCAGAGUAGAAAAGAGAUAUGAGAACCACGUUUACCAUUAAGCAUUUAGCAAUGUUGGUAAAAAUGUGUGAAUUGUCCUGGGAAAUACUUGGUAAAACUAUUUUAGGUUUAUUCAAAUGAUGAAAAUGCUGAAUAAGCAAGUUUCUUUUGUUUGUUUCGAUGCUCAAACGUUUUCAACUCGACCAAAUGCAAAGGGAUUUUUAAAAGAAGACAAAUUUCCACAAAUCACAAACAUUUCCAGUCAGUUUGUCUUCAUGUGCAAAAGAUGCAGAUAAAAACAGGCGGGCACAAUCCCAUUUGCUGAGGUGUUUUUUAUAGAAAUUACACCAACUUUUAUACAAAAUGUAAUAAUGACAUUUUGUAUCGCUAAUGAUCUCAGCAUAUAUCUGUAUGUAUCUCCUUAAUGGUGGGCCAAUCAAUAACAUUGCAGUUAUUAACAUCUAUUUUAAGCCAUGUCUUUAAGUUUUCAUAUUCAUCGCCCUGACAAUGCGAUGAUGUCUCCAUUUGUUGUUGUUGUGACAUUCAACAUACACAAAGAAAUUUAGUUAUACUCAACAUAAAUACAGAAUGAAGAAUUUGACAAAGCAUACAGGCUUAGCAAAAACCGCCCAUAGGACAGGUUUAUGCGAGUAAUAUAGAUAUGCUGCAGCGUGUUAACCAUAUCGGAAGAAAAGCCUGAGUGCUUUCCUCGUGAUUAUCUCGGGAAGUUUUAUACGUCAUCCACAUUUAGUGGUUAUCAUGCGAAAGCGUCGUACCUAAAACAUAUCAAAUAAUAAAAAGGGAUAACGUUGGAGGCGUUUAGAGCCUCAGAUUCUCGUAAGGAUUUGUCCAAGACACGACGGACUGCGCGUUGGUGCCUGAGGAUAGCUUUGCUGUUUUAGAUGACCUUUGCAAUGUCAGCAGCGAGCAGGGACCAACGUCUGGGAACACGUAUAGAAACAAACAGCAGCAGUGUGCGAUACUCACUGUGCUCGGAAAAGCUUGAGAAGAAGGAAAGCGAAAAACAUGGACCUUCUAGUCCAGCGGUCCCCAACCUUUUUCGCGCCACGGACCGGUUUAAUGUCAGACAAUAUCUUCACGGACCGGUGUUCUGGGAAUCCAUCCUACCUGACAAACCAUCCUACCUGUUGUUUGCACGCAUGCGCACAACACGAAAUUAAGUGGCGACCGUCCUACCUUUGUGAAUAUGAGCGAGAAGCAUACUCCGAUGGGCAAAGUUAAGUGGCAAACCAUCAUGCCUACUUAAAUUUGUGCUGGAAUUAGGAAGUAUAAUGGUUUGUCAGAACACCGGCUUUUAAGGUGUCGCGGAUAAAUACAAGAGAAUAAAAUGAUACGACCAAGACAGAUAUAAUAACAAACGUGGAUUCACUGUGUAAUUGUGUAACUUUAUUAGCAGCGUCCUCCUGAAAUGCGCCAACAACGCUGAGAGUAACA